AUGGUGAACUUGGUUGGUGUUCCAAGAUCCAAGGCUGCAGACAACCUGGAGCACAGCAAGCGCAAGGUUCGGGGAGGCGGGAGACAGGAUCACGACGUGGGGUUCGGUGUCAGAUGCGACGAAACGUCCAGACGGGUGCUAGAAGGUGCGGCAGGCCUCAAGAUGGAACUGUCGCCCGUCCACUUUCCCGAAUGCCCCCCAAGGGACCCCAAGGGACACCAAGGUUGGCCAGGUUUGGGCUGUGCACCGUAUUUGCGCCGGGGGCACGCGCGCGCAUUUCCCGCCCAAACGGUCAGAUCGACCGAGGACCCUGAGAUUGCACCAUUGCGGCCGUCUCUCUUCGGUCUCUUUUUCACUACCUAUUGUCCCUCCACUGCCGACCGCUCCCUUCCACCGCCUUUCUUCAACCUGAAAGGCACCAAAGAUACCCCAUACUCAAAGGGAGAUAGUAAUACGGCAGUUUGCCGUGCUUCCAAGACGCAGUGCGCCGAUGCCUACUGCGUUUCCAUCCAUACCGCCUUCCUCCAGGACAUCAUUCCGAGUGCAAUCCGUAUCCAAUCCCACGUCUGCAAGGUGCGUGAGUCAAGCGACUGUCAAUCCCGAAUCCCACCCUUGUCCCGUUCCAGCGCCUCAAGUCUUCAGUCACGGGUCGCUCUCCACGUCCCCAUCCUGGAAUGUUCCGAACUCUGCCCAUCCUUCAUCCAAUUAUCCAACCUUCCAACUUGGUGUGGUGCUUCGAUUGCUUUGGUGUUAAUCCCAUGUUGA